AUGAGGACAAUCGAGAUAGAAACAGCUUGUGGUAAACUAGGCAUUAUGAGAGGUGUGACUGUCAACGACACAUAUGUGGUUUAUCGCCUAGGCAAUUCAGAGGAUAAAACAGAAAUCUGUGAAGGUGGAGGAAAAUUUCCUUUUUGAAAUAAAGUCUGCUCAAUCAAAGGCAGGGAUCCAAAAAUUCUAAUGAAAGUUUAUACCACCAAUCCCAGUGGAGACAUUUUGAUUGGCAGCUCACGAAUAGAUGUGAAGGAUGGCGAAAAGUGGGUAGAUAUUGUAAGAGACCAAGCCGGUGCUGGGCAGAUAAAAAUUAAAAUGACAAUAAAAGAUGCUCAACCAUCAGCAGAAGCUGCAGGCCCUAAAUUAGCACAGAGCCAAACAACUCGACGUCCUCCAGAGAUAGUUGCACAAGCUUCUAUGGCUAAUUCUAACUCCAAAGGUGGAGAAAAAUUGGCUGAAAGCCAAUCUCAACAGCUUGAAAUGGAUUAUACAAAAAAUGAGUCUAUGAAAAUGACAGAAGAAACAAAAGAAGCCCAACACCAAGGACCUUUUGGCUGUCCAAUAACUCAGCAUAUGAUGCUUUCAAUGCCAACUGGUCCAUUUCCAGAGCAUUAUUCAUACUUGUACGAGCAGGCAGGGAUGAAUAAGCAAGAAGAAAUUCAAAUUCCUCAGCCUUCGCCUCAAGAUUUCAGCCGAGACAUGAUGUUUUAUGGAGGAGGGCAUAUGUUUGGAUCAAUGGUGAAUUUCCAAGGCCUCCCAAACAAUUUCGUUGAUCCUUCAGGGAGACAGAAUCUUUGUGAAAAUCCUUCGCAUAAUGCGUAUUAUGGGAUGCCAGCUUAUAAUAGCUUUAAUCCUUAUUAUUCACAAAACAUGUACCAAAUUCCACAGAAUCAGCGCAAUAUUCAAACAAAUCCUUAUGUCAAUGGCCAGCAAGGACCAUAUAUGUAUUAUCAGCAAGAUCCGAACUUCAAGUAA